AUGAUACUCGAGUUCUGUAAUGCCCUUUUGUUUAAUUUACCGCAGGCUCAGUUACAUAAGCUUCAGAAGCUUCAGAAUGCAGCCGCUCGCAUUGUCACUUUGUCAAAUCCUGGUACUGAUCGUUCAGUGUUUGGUUUCACCCUCCGCGAUUCUCCUGUCGAUUUCAUCAAUGCGUCUUGCUGGGGCUCGAGCGAACAUGUGCUGGAACUCAGCAAUAAAUUCAGAAUUGGGGAUAUUGUUGAGCUGAAGAACCCACAAGUUCAGACUAAGUCAAAUAGUGAAAUAGAGGAGAGAUGCAGACCGUGGACUCCAAGCGCCUUCCAACUGAACGUGAGCGAACGCUACUCCAAGCUGAACCUGUACGACGGAUGGCAUGCCGAGCCCUUUGGUGCCUUACAACACAUGCCAAUUAGAGAGAGCACUGAUUACUAUACCCUGGGUGAUGUCUUGGCUAAUGGUCGUAAUCUUCACGGAGAGCACAUCAACCUCCUAACUCUCGUCAAGAAGGUUGGUACUCCAAAGGACAUUGUAACGAAAGGAGGUCGGGAGACAAAGAGAUGCGAGGUGUCUCUCUUUGAUGAGACAUGCGCCUCGUUUUCUAUGGUCAUCUGGGAUGAAGAAGUUAUAGAUCUGGUUCAGCAAUGGGAAUCCAAGGAGACAGUGAUAUUUGCUGUGGAUGUUGUAGCAAAGUAUGACGAUUUCCGGAACACAAUGGUAGCCAGUGUGGACUCUAAAUCCAUCUUCACAGUCAAUCCUGACACCCGGGAGGCACAUUCUCUAUACAAGUUUGGUAAAUCAUGUACAGCUGAAGAAGAGGGUUCGGAAGACACAAGAGAGAGCAUUGAUUUACAAACCAUCCAUAAUGUGUACAUGAUAGACGAGUUGAAGGCUAAGAUGAAUGACAAGCAACCGAUGAUGCAAUCACCUUAUGGCAUUGUCUAUGCCUUCCUUUCAUCCUAUGAUCUUGAUGGACCUUCGUCUGCUGUGUUAUCUAUGAGAUGUACAAGCUGUCGAUGGAGAGUAGAUAAGGAGACAGGGACAUGCUUGAAUAGCAAUUGUUCUGCUGCUCUCACUGACCAAUCCCAGGCCGUCUUGAACUAUGACCUCAGGGUCAGUCUGUCUGACCUGUCCGGAACUAUCAGUGGGGUCUUCAUUGGAGGAUAUGUGGCAGAGCAAAUCAUUGGAAAAUCAGCUGAGGACUUCUCCAAGUGUUCCGAAGAUGAGCUGACGAGGAUCAAAUGGCAGCGGCUCCUUGAGAGGUGCAAGGUGUACUUCAAGAUUCAGGAGAGACCCGGGAUCGUCAACGGUUCUUCUUCGUUCCUUAAGAUAUUGCAGUGCGAGAAAGCCGAACCCGAUGAGGUACUCAAAAACAUCAAAGUCUAG